AAGUUUGGCGAAGGAAAGAUGGCGGAGGCGUCGCUAGGGGACCCGGAAGCACUUACCCUCCACUUCCUCCUCCUGCUUGCCUUCUGUCUCACCUAGAGCCGUCCGGUCGCAGACUGUCUCUGAGACGCUUCCUGUCCGUAACAGAAUCACCAUGAUUCUUCAGAGGCUCUUCAGGUUCUCCUCUAUCAUUCAGUCUGCAGUCUCAGUCCAUUUGAGGAGGAAUAUUGGUGUUACAGCAGUGGCAUUUAAUAAGGAACUUGAUCCUGUACAGAAAAUCUUCGUGGACAAGAUUAGAGAAUACAGAACUAAGCGACAGUCAUCUGGAGGACCUGUUGAUACUGGUCCAGAAUAUCAGCAGGAUUUGGAGAGGGAGCUUUUUAAGCUUAAGCAAAUGUAUGGUAAAGCAGACAUGAAUACGUUCCCUGACUUCAAAUUUGAAGAUCCCAAAUUUGAAGUCAUUGAUAAACCCCAGGCCUGAAGAAAUGAUGUAAAAUUUAUCUGGUAAUUUGUCCUAAAUAAGUUGUACAACUGAUCAGAAGUAUCAGAAUAAACAUACAUUUCACAACUGCCAACUGUUCGUUUAAAUCUGAUUCCAAAUAAAUUUGGUGAUAUUGGG